CUCUGAAAUCCUACCGCCAUCCCGAGCUCAUCCUUCCACAUACCCGUCCAUGUCACUGUCAGCUACCCGAUGGAAGAAAAACGCGCCAAAACCUUGGAGGCGCUGUCCGAGUUUAUACAGUCGCAAAAGGCCUUGCUAGAUCAGACCCGGAGGGACAUCACUGCAUUACAGGAGCUCAGGGAGAGUGUGGUCGCUCACCCAGAUGAUUCCCAGAAGAUUUUCACUGAGCAGGUCAAUACCCUCACUGUACCGCUCAGUGCCCAGCCGAAUAUUGCGGCUUCGGUUGCGCAAGAGCUUGACUGGGAUACCUUCAAGUCAUGUGACCCAUUGCCCUUCAAGAUCCUCGCGUCCUCUGUACGAGCUACCCAAGCCGAGCGCAGCAAACCUUCGGUCAAGCAGACCUCCGAGCUGUCUGACCUGCAGAAACUAGUCAAGGAUGCCCGAAUCGCGAUCAUUGACCCAGUUCUCCCGUCCUACGCCUUCCUCAACGAGCCCGACUCUGAGCCUGAUGAACCGCCCGAUCCGGAGGAAAUCCGUCGAGCUCUCGAGCGCGAGAAGAUUCACGAGCUGAAGCAGCGGCGGAUCAGCUCCGACGUUGCCGUACCCGUCGUCGCGGGGCUCCGCCGGCCCACACAGGCGUCGUUCGGCGUAUUCAUCCGGCGAGAUCAAGCGGAUGAAAGUGCGGAGGUUGACAUCUCUUUGGAUGCGGAGGAUGAAGAGGGCGAACGAGCUCCAUCUGUCUUUGAUGGAAUGGGUGCUGUGCCUAUGGAGGUGGACACGCCCCCGACAUCAGUCGCUUCUCCCGUGUCAUCUAAGGCGAUUCUUCCGCCAUUGGUCAACAAGACUUCCCGUGAUCGUCGUCCAGCUACAAAGGCGCAAGACACCACUGUCUCAGGACCCUCAACGAACAGCACCCAUGCCAAAGCGAAGAAGAGGGUUCAAACCAAACAUAAAACGGAGGCUGGCCCGGACGAAUCAACCCCUGCUCCGGCCGGAGUGGACGAGGUACCGGACGCCGGGAAGAGCUUGAAGAAAGGGAAACGAAAGUCCGAAACGUAUAAGCAGUCGUGGUCAGUUGAUGAACAGCAUCUGCUCGAACGUCUACUCGAGGAAAUACCCGAUGGAACGAAGCACCGGUGGGCCAAGAUCUCACAAGCCAUGGACGGCCGGCGCACUGCGAGGCAGGUUGCGAGCCGCGUACAAAAGUACUUCGAGAAGUUGAAGCGAUUUGGUGUAGAGGUUGGCACUACGAACAGUGGUCCAUGAUCGUGACGAUCUGUACCCUGGCUCUCCUUCAAGAUAUCAUCGUGUAGCCCUAGACCGCACUGUAGCCAUAUACCGUGUACAAGCUUCCAAUAGCAGAGCGGCUUGCUGCCGCAAUCCAUUCUCACAGGGG